AUGAGUUCCCUUAAAGAUCCCGUUGAACCUAGCGAAACUACAGAGUUUAAUCCAGUUUGUCAUUCUAGUCCUACGUUAACAACAAGUCCUUUAACAGGUACAUUUGCUACUACGAACGUACAAAGUUCAAAGUUAGCUCGAAAAAAUCUUAUUCCUUCAAUUGAUACAACUUUAAAAGUGACUAAACCUCCAAAGGAAAGAAAAAUUAGGAGUUUAAUUGCAAAUCCAAGUUCAUAUUAUGAAGUAGGAAAAUGGAAUGCUCUUGAUAUAGAUAGUAAAUAUGAUGAUGAUUCUCCUGCGAUUACACUUCCUAGGAGAUCUAUGUCGUUACCGAAUAGAAAACCAAAUUCUAUUGAAAAAGAUAAAGUUUCUAGUCGUUCAACUCCAACAGGUGAACUGUCUCGUAGCCUAAGUAUAGACAAAAAAUCUGUUUAUAGUCAAGAUUUUCUGCCUAUUCCAAAUGAUUUUCAUCAUACAAGUCCUCAGUCUAUUGACUACUUAUCACCAAACGUUUCUCCUCCUCUUAAAAAUGAUUUAUUGGAUGCUCCAACAAAAAAACUUUAUCAUAAUCGUGCUCAUUCUUAUACUCCAGAAACAAGUAGUGAAUUAACUCCUUUAGAUAUCCCACAACGUCCUAUUUCAACAAAUUUGAGCUUACGACGUUCAAAAGAACCUAAUUCUAAUGAUAAUGAUAUUUCAAAUUUUAACUCUGAUAAUUUACAAGAAUUUUUAUAUGAUUACGCUCGUGGAAAAUUUAAUCCUUCUUCUAUUCCAAAGAAACCAAGAAGAUUAUCAACUAUAAAAUUAAAGGAUGGAAAUUGGAAAUUUAGUUUACCAGCUUCUCCUCUUUCUGAAAAAACUACUAAUAGUGAUGAAAUUAGUGAUUCUUUUAGUAGGGGUAGUGAAUCUAGAGAAAGAUCAAUUUCAUCAAUACCUUCUACUGAACGAAGAAGAGCUCUGUGGCGAUUCCAAAUAUUAAACACUUCACAAGAUGUAAAUUUUGCACGUAUAGUUAGACUUGUUAAGGAACAUUUUAACGUUCCAAUUACGUUAAUUUCUCUAGUAAAUACCACUCAUCAAUGGUUUAAAGCUGAAAAUGGUUUUGGUUGUAAAGAAACAAAACGUGAAGUCAGUUUUUGUGGUCAUGCAAUUUUACAAGAAAAUGGUGAUCCAUUUGUAGUUCCUGAUUCAUUACUUGAUUGGAGAUUUAAGAAAAAUCCUCAAGUUAUAGGUCCUCCUUAUAUUCGUUUUUAUGCUGGUGCUCCUUUACGAACAAAAGAUGGUCAUAAUGUUGGCACUCUUUGUUUGAUCGAUACGAAACCUCGUGAUUUCUGUGAACGAAUGCGUGAAUCAUUAAAAGAUUUUGCAAAAGUUGUUAUGCGUGAAUUAGAACUUUGGGCUGAUAGAUUAAGAUUAGGUGUUAGAAACAAAAUGCAAUCUAGUCUUGCUGAAUUCAGUAAAUUUUGUCUAGAAACUCAACUUGCUCACGGUGCUGAAAAUGGUGAUCCUGUUAUGCGUCGAUGUUUUGAAAAAUCGGUGGAAUUAAUAAAAGAUACUUUGGAUGUUGACGCUUUAUAUUUAUUGGAAAUGCCUUCUUUAUCUGCUAGAAAAAUCACAUACGCCAAUCGUUUAUCAAAUGAUUUCUCUAAUGAUUUUCUUUUGAAUAGUCCUCCACCUGAAUUACCGACCAAACAUUUGAAAUUCCUCGCUGCUGCUGGUCUCUCAAUUUCUACUGAUUCUAUUUCGACUCCAGUAACUACUUCUUUCUUGACACAUUUGAUGCAAACUCAUGCUCAGGGUUACAUAUUUCAAAAUGCUUUACCACAAUUACCUACCCUUUUCCCUAAUGAUAUGUGUUCCGGUAUUGUUGUUCCUAUUUAUGAUAAUGCAAAAAAUGCUUUUGGAUUUCUCAUAGCUCUUACUAAAGAUCCUUUGAGACAAUUCGAAGAUGAAGAGCGUGUUUAUUUGGGAAAUUUUGGUGUCAAUAUUGUAAGUGAAGUUCUUAAACGACGUGUUAUUGUAGCUGAUAGAGCAAAGGGUGCAUUCAUUAGUUCGGUAUCACAUGAAUUACGAACUCCUUUACAUGGAAUUUUAGCCAGUUGUGAAUUAAUGAGUGAAGGUCAUUUGAACGAAGCACAAACUGAAUUACUUAAGACCAUUCAAAGUUGUGGAACUGGUUUAAUUUCAAUAAUAAAUAAUGUUUUAAAUUAUGCGAAAAUGGACAAUUCACGUGAUUAUGAUUUAAUGCAUCCUCCACCUGUACCAGUUUUGAAUAGUAAUUCUGGUAAUUAUUACGAUACACAAGAACAACAACAUCAUCGUCAUCAUCGUGAUAGAGCCAAACAAAAAGAAAGGGUAGAUUUAGUUAAAAUAUUAGAAGAUGUUGCUGAAUCAUGCGUAGUAGGACAACAGAUGGUAUCUGUAAUUUAUGCAAAAAAUAGUAAUAGUAAUAACGAUGAAAAUAGUUCACCAUCACAAGCAAGGAGAAGACAUGUUUGUAGAUUGCUACAUCCUUACCAAUCUAAGAGAGAAACUGGUUCACCUGAAGUUGAUCUUCUUAUGGAUAUAGAACCACGGAAAGAUGGAUGGUGGGUGAUGGCGGAAGAUGGUGCGAUCAGGCAAAUGCUUAUAAAUAUUGUAGGUAAUGCUCUGAAAUUUACGCAACAAGGCUAUAUUCACAUAUCACUUGCAACUGUUUCGUCAUCUUGUCAACGUACAACAUGUGAACGUUCUUGUUGUCAAUAUUCAUCAUCUGAUCCAACCGAUGAAUCGAAACGAUUACACGUUCUUUUUACUAUAACUGAUACCGGUCGUGGAAUUGAUUCAGAUUUUCUUACAACUCAUCUUUUUCAUCCAUUCACACAAGAGGAUCCACUACAAAUUGGUACUGGAUUGGGUUUAAGUAUUGUCAAAUUAUUAGUAGAAAAGAUGGGUGGUAAAUUAGAUGUUGAGAGCGAAGUUAAUGUUGGAACUAGAGUGAGGAUCUGGUUAGAUUUUGAAAUAGCUAGUGAAACUGAUACUGAUAGUGAAGAUGAUGCUAGCGUUAAAGAGAAAAAAGAGAUAAAGAAGAAAGAAAAGGAAAUUAUUUUGAGGGAAUUUCAAAAUAAAUCUGUAGUGGUCAAAGGCGCAAAAGGGAAACUUAAAGAUAUUAUACAACGAUUUCUCAAAAAUUGGUAUAAUGUAAAGAAUAUAAUUCUUGAGGAACGACCUAGUAAGAUAGAUGGUGAUUUGGUGAUAAUUCUUAACGAAGAUUUAGAAAUUUUAAAAUCUUUAUUAUCUGAUACUGGGAAGUCUUGUAAAAAUAAAUCUUCUUGGUUUAACUCGAAUUUAAUUUCUGAAGGUUCUGAUAAUAUAAAUGCACCAAUUAUUUUUGUUACUUCAUUGGAAAAGCAUGGUAAAUUCCGAGAAAUAAUUGAACAAAUUCAAGAAGAAAUUGAGACGAAUUUAAAACAAAAACAUCGUAAAGUCGUUAUUAUUUCAAAACCUAUCAGCCCUCGAAAAAUAGAAAACGCUAUUCUAUCAUGUUUUAAAAUAGAUAUCAACUCUGAACUUUUACCACCACAAAUUGUUAUGACUCCACCUGUUAACGAUGAUGAUACUUCAUCAGAUGAUACACUCGUAUCUUUACAAACACCGCUUAACACGCCGCCAGCAAGAAAUAACCCGUUUGAAAAUACAAACAUUAAUUCACAAUCAAUACAUCACCGAGCUCCUUUAAUCCAUGCGAAUACAGAUGUUCCUUUACCAUUGUCAUCCUCACCACCGUCCUUGGAUAAAUUUCCAUCAUCACCAAGAUCACGAACUUUAUCAACUUCACGUUCAUUACCUGCAAUAUCUACACCUGAUUUAGAUCUUCCUAUAUCAUCACGACCUGGACUUCGUAGUCCAAGGGUUCUUAUAAUAGAAGAUAAUAUAGUAAACAGAAAAAUUCUAUCUACAUUUUUGAAAAGUCGAGGAAUUGAUUUUGAAGAAGCAGAAAAUGGUGCUAUCGGUGUUCAGAAAUAUCAAGAAGCAUUAGAACAAAAAAGUUCAUCUGGUGAACGAGAUAAAAAAUUUGAUGUAGUGUUAAUGGAUAUUCAAAUGCCAGUAAUGAAUGGUAAUGUUGCCACGUCUGAAAUUAGAAAGAUAGAAAGAGACUAUGCUCAAAGACGACAAAAAUUAAAACAAAGAUCGUUAACUGAAACUCUAAAAGGUAUAUCAAGAAUUCCGACAGGAUUAUUUCCCAAUUUAACAAAUUCAUCCACGACAAAUACCGAACAAACCGAUUCAUUCCGUCAAUCAUCAAUACAAAUAGAAAAUAGAUCUUUAAUUUUCGCAUUAACUGGAUUAGCUAGAGAAGAAGAUAAAGAUAUGGCAUAUGGAAGUGGAGUUGAUGGAUUUUUAACAAAACCCGUUAGUUUAAAAACUUUAGAUAAAGUACUUAAAAGAUGGUCUGAAAAAGGUGAAUUUAAUGAAGAAUUUUCAGAGAUAAAAUCACCGACAUUAAUUAAGGAUGAUGAUAAUAAUUCAACUCUUAUAAAGGAUAAUCAAGAGACUUAA